UAAUCGACCCAAAGGAGAAAAAAGUGAUCUUUACGACAGUACUUACAAAAAUUACCGAAUUUCACGAUUAAAAUACAUAAUUUGGCUCCAAAAUAAUAGCGAUCAGUUAGAUCUAGUUAUCGAGUCGCAUAAAAUCUUGCUAUACAGAUCGGUAAGGUGAAGUAAAGUGGAAUUCUAACGCGAUGUCUGCGACGGCAGUAAAAUUCCGUCCGCGGAACCGCUGUGAAAGAGUGUGGGAGAAAGUUGACGUAGUUUAGUUCGUGUGAAUUUGAAUGGGUGAAAAUGGCGAAGAAAAAAUUACGCCUUCCGAGGAAAACUGGAAAAUUCGACUAAUGCAGCAAAAAGAACUCUGUCGGUAAUUGUUCCGGUUCGAUUUAUAUGUAAUAAAUUCUGAAGGUUAGAAAUGAUCUAGCUGAGAAGAUUUAACGAAAAUAACAAAAAUAGAAAAUCUAAGCUGGAACAAAGGCCUGAUUUCGUGUAAAUAAAGGCGGAAGUAAACUGUCCCAGAUAAUCAGCUGUACAAUGAAACUUCCAGCUGUGGGCUACAAAUUAUUCGCUAAAUGUUUCCUUAUCUUGGUCUUGUUGCUGAUCAGUGAUUGUACAAAUCUAACAAAUAGCUUAAGUAAUAAUAGUUCCAUUGCAAGCAGCAAAAAUAGAUUCCCAAAUCAGAAUGUUAGUGGUUUGAAUAGUCAGGACGGUAAAAAUGUCGUAAGCGCUAAUAGUAGCGAUCCCAUCUGCUGUGGCAAUGCGGAACAAAUCCGGAAUUCAACUAAAUCCACCCCAGAAUGCCCUCCAGGGCAUCGGAUGGUGGUCGAAUUUUCUGCCAAUGUGGUACAAAACGAGUACAUUGUCCAAUUCAAUGGGUACCAUCGCAGGGCCACGCGGGAGAAUUUCAUUCAAACCGCGCUCAAUAGAUCCAAGAUCAAGCAGUGGCGCAUCUUGGAUCGGGCGAAUCCGAUGAGCGACUAUCCCAGCGAUUUCGAUGUCCUCACGUUAAAAGAUGAUCCUUCAAGUGCCGCAGACGGUAUCAAUUUGCUCCGUUCACAUCCGGCUAUAAAGUCAAUCUCGCCACAGCGAAUGGUUCAACGGGCAUUGAAAUAUGUUCCAAUGGAGUCAUCGGCAGCAUCGGCAGCCAAUGAAGAAAAAGAAGAGGAAGAGAAUUAUGACACUGGGCAACCGGAAGCAGACGACGAAGAGGUGGCAGAGUUUAAAGAAAAGUUUAAAAAUUUCAAGAGGAAACUUUCAACAGAUGUCAACGAGUUGAAUGACAGUCGAUCGAACGUAGAUCAUUCAAUGCCACAACAAACGGUUGCAUCGGCAGGUUCAGUAAAUCGCCAUUCGAACCGAAGGUUGCUGAGAGCGAUUCCUCGUCAGAUAACUUCCUUACUAAAAGCCGAUGUUCUCUGGGGUAUGGGUGUUACGGGAAUGGGAGUUAAGGUAGCGGUUUUUGAUACUGGGCUCUCGAAGAAUCACCCCCAUUUUAAGUCAGUAAAAGAACGAACCAACUGGACCAACGAAAAGACUUUGGACGAUGGAGUAAGUCACGGAACGUUUGUGGCAGGAAUCAUAGCUUCGUCGAAAGAGUGUCUUGGAUUUGCACCUGACUCGGAAUUGCACAUUUUUCGGGUAUUCACAAACAAUCAGGUUUCCUACACUUCUUGGUUUUUGGAUGCGUUCAAUUACGCUAUUCUGAAAAAAAUAAAUGUACUAAAUUUAAGCAUUGGUGGGCCGGAUUUCUUAGAUCAGCCAUUUGUGGAUAAGGUGUUGGAGCUUUCCGCUAAUAAGGUGAUAAUGGUAUCGGCAAUUGGGAAUGAUGGUCCUCUGUAUGGAACUUUGAACAAUCCCGGUGAUCAAAUGGACGUGAUUGGCGUAGGAGGAAUGGAUUACAACGAUAACAUUGCAAAGUUUAGUUCACGAGGAAUGACCACCUGGGAGCUACCCAGUGGGUACGGUCGUAUGAAACCCGAUAUUGUGACCUAUGGAAGUCAAGUGAAGGGAAGCAAUUUAAAUGGAGGAUGUAAAUCGUUGUCUGGAACAUCCGUCGCAUCUCCAGUAGUGGCAGGAGCUGUUACUCUUUUAGCCAGUGGAGUAAUCAACAAGUUGGACCACGUGAACCCUGCAUCGAUGAAACAAGCACUGAUUGAAGGAGCCCAGCGAUUACAGGAGAAUAAUAUGUUCGAGCAAGGACAUGGCAAGCUUAAUAUUUUGAAAAGUAUGAAAAUCCUUUCAACAUACAAACCAAAGGUUACCUUAUCGCCACCCUAUCUGGACUUUACAGAGGACUACAUGUGGCCUUAUACCACGCAAAGUUUAUUUUACACGAGCGCUCCUUCGAUAGCAAACGUGACCAUUCUAAAUGGGAUGGGGGUGAUAGGGAAAAUAAUUAAUAAACCAACAUGGCAUCCGUACACCAAUGAAAAUGGACAAAUGCUGAACAUUUCGAUUUCCUUUUCCGAUCAAUUAUGGCCUUGGUCCGGCUGGAUGGCAAUUCAUAUUGGAGUUAAUGAACUCGGACGCUCUUUCGAAGGCAUAGCACAAGGUCACAUCACGCUAACCGUUCAAAGUCCAGCUGGUCCCGGAGAAAAUGAACCCAGAAAUGGAACGGUCAGUUUUCCCAUAAAGGUCAAGAUAAUUCCACAACCCCCAAGACACAAGCGUAUUCUAUGGGAUCAGUAUCAUAGUCUUCGGUAUCCCCCAGGGUACUUGCCCAGAGAUAAUCUUAAAAUUAAAUCUGAUCCCUUGGAUUGGCGAGCUGAUCACAUACACACUAACUUCAAAGACAUGUACACUCAUCUCAGAAAUGCAGGUUAUUACGUUGAGGUUCUCGGGGGUCCUUAUACCUGCUUUAAUUCGAGCUAUUAUGGGACGCUCUUAAUUGUUGAUCCCGAGGAAGAAUAUUUUCACGAAGAAAUAAUAAAGUUGAAGAAUGAUAUCUUAGAACGAGACCUUAGUGUGAUUGUCUUUGCGGAUUGGUACAAUACCACCGUCAUGAGAAAAAUAAAAUUUUACGAUGAAAAUACUCGCCAAUGGUGGAUGCCAGACACCGGAGGGGCCAACAUUCCAGCAUUAAACGAGCUGCUCAGAGACUUCGAUAUAGUCUUGGGGGACAAAGUUUCCGAAGGAUUUUUCGAUAUGCGUGAUCAUCGCAUGUACUACGCUUCUGGAUGCAAUAUUAUUAAAUUUCCCACCGGUAAUCACACGAUCUUGGUCGAGAGAGAUCUUUUCGAUCAGGGCUUAGACAUUUUGGCACCUGACGAAAAACGACAAAAAAUUCGAUCCAAAACAGCCAUUCUUGGACUGCUUCAAACAGAUCACACAUACUCCCGAGUGCAACCUGCAACUCCUAACCCGGACCCAAACAACAAUAUGAACUGGGAACUUGAUUCUGAUCGAAGUGAAGAACAACAAAUUGACAAAGAUUCCAUAAUCAACAAACGGAUUUUGCUAGGCGCCAAAUCGUUCCCAGAAGACGAUGAUGUACCUAAUGAAGGAGGAGAACAGAAACACGAUUUUGAAAGCAACGCACUUAGUAACCCGGAAUUGGAUGCCGUAAAAAAUCUCGAGGACGAGGAUCAAGAUGAUAUAAAACAAAUCCAGCAUCCAGACGAAAUAAGUCAGUUGUUGCAAGAGAAAAAGUAUAAUUUGACUGGUGAAAAACUUUUUAUGGUUGAAGUCCCACAAUCGCUGCUGAAACUUAAUGAGGUUGACCCUUCAAAGGUCCAACAAAAGCAGAACGAAAGUUUGCCUGGCUCAAAAAAUGGACGCAAAAUGGGAGGUCGUAUUGCUGUUUAUGGUGACUCAAACUGUCUCGAUUCGACGCAUUUGGAUAAGCCAUGCUUUUGGCUUUUGGACUCGUUGCUGGAGUACACCAUGACGUCACAUAUCACCAAUUUGCUCAAGGACCUCAACAGCAGCCGAAACAACGAACUUCUUUCUGACACAAAACCGCCAACCCGGUUAGCCAACAACAAUCUACACCUUUAUUCGAAGGUGCUGGGACCGGGCAACGAAAAACGAGAACUACCACGAUGCCAGCGAUUGUUGUGGGAACCGCCGGUAUCGUUAAAUAUGUCUUCUCCGAAUGGAUACGGACUGAGCGAACGAAUUUUGCUACAACAGCAGCAGGAUCUUCUGCUGCAGCAACAACAAGCCGGAGCCGGAGGACCGUUCGGUAACGAAAUCGACAAUAGUGUUAACCUGUUUCGCAAACUAGAAAGUCAAAAAGCUACCGUAAUCAGUGCCAACGACGAACCCGACGUACCAGGUUGGCGCAACAAGAAGACAGAUAAAAUCCCACCAAAUGCUCCUAACAGUUUUAUAAACCCCUCAGUUCCUCGGCCAUCGGUCGCUUCGAUAGGGGUGAAAGUCCCCGUUGUGGAUUCUCGAUACUCUACCGGAAAAAUUUCCAACCACCCACAACAGAAUGUACAAAGGGGCGAUGCAGACCAGAGUGAACUCUUCAGAGAUUCCGAUUUGGUUCUGAGCCAAAGCCAUGACAGCGAUACCAGUUUUCUACUCAGCUCGAACUGGUUCCUGACCGUAUUUUCGGUAUUGCUCCUGUUGCUUUUGCUCAACUGGAUCCGGAAAACAAAAGGCCUUACUAUCAAACGACGGUUCAAUUACGUAUUCAAAAAGAUUGGUUUCUAAUUCAGAGAGUUCCUUUCCUAACAUAAUAUUGUUAAAGAUUUUCUGUCGUCUUGUUUUGUUGACUUGUAAAAAUUUUAUCCGUAUUACACGACGUGUCGCAAUCCAAAGGUUUUGAUUUUUGUAGAUAGUUAACUUACAAUAACAUGCGAGCAGAAACUAUCCGCCAUCGUGAGGGUAGUUAGAGCGAAUAGUUAUCAAGCAGAGUAGGGAUUUUUACAUACAUUAUGUAGAAGUAUCUUACAGGAUGAUGCUGAAAGUGCUAAUAAAAUUAAACCACUUGUAUAUUUUCUUAAA